AUGGAGAGACCACAUAUAACGCCGGAACCUGCCUUAAACCUUCGAAACUUUCUAGCCGAGUAUGAGACAAAACUAUCGGGCGCUGAGGACGAAAUACCCUUCUUCCUGCAAACCAAUCCCGUGCUCGUUGACGUGGGCGAGAGCUGUUCCCUGGACCUAAUAGAAUCCCCUGAUGACUGCUCAAUUACGGUCUUCCAGCCUGGCACUGACCAAUUUCGUCCCACCGUUGUGCAGCCCCAGGAGGACCAGCAUGUGCCCUCCACUUUUGCGGCCCUCGCCCAGCACAAGACCAAGUCACGUAAAUGUGCCUUUGGCCGCACCCAGUAUAGCUACAAAUUGAAUCCACCGCCGACGGACUGCGGCGAUCUGCAGCUGGAUGCCUGCGAACUGGAGCUAACCGUGCGUCUCUACCGACCACCACGCGCCUACCACCGAGGAUUCAAGGUGGAGGUACCGGUGUUCGCCGAGGAAUACGUCUGUCUGGGCAGCAACUAUCUGACCGAGCUGCGCGACAAGAUCAGCUGCGUUUGUCGGGGCAAACGAUUCGUGGACAUUAGCCAUGAUCCCGAUGCUCCUUUGCCCUCUAUUGACACAAAUCCGGGUUACUUCUUCAUCAACGACACCUUCUACAAUGACAAGCGCAAUCCGAACAAUCCCGAAUAUUCGGAAACCGUGUUGAAAUGGGCAGCCAAGGCGAACGGAGUGAACGGAGAAACGCUCAAGGUGGAGAAAAUGGAGGGAAAACGAUUCAUCGAUCUAACCGUGAGUCCGGGCUCACCGCUGCACUACCUGCACCACGGGAAUUGCGAGCACCUGUUUGUCAUCUCACAGGUCGAGGUGCUAACGCCGCGCAGCAAACGACCAGAUCGCAGUCUUUAUCCCUAUCCUCACGCCUUUAGCACCUACAAUCGCAGGACCUGCUACAUGUGCGGCACUCGCAGCUACAGCUUCAUUGUAGAACAGUCCCGGCGACAGCUGCACGAUCCCUCCUACCUGUGCCGCAAAUGUUUCCUUGGUUUCUUUUACGUGGACGGCGCGAAGGUGGGUCAGUUUAAAGCUUAUCGUAUAUACGACCAUGCGGAGGCGGAGGACGAGCAGGAGGAUCGCACAGAAGGCGAGGUGGUCGAAUUAGAUAAUUAA